GUACACUACAUAGUGCGUAGAAGCCAUUACUUUGUCUCUGUAUAGGGCGCCUAUGUGAGGAGUAUCGGGGCAGUUGGUAUUCAUUACGUACAGCAUACUACGGUUUGUAGUACGGUAAACGGCAGGUUACGCACUUUUCCCCCCACAUACUGUGUAGUGCGCUAGAAUGCCGUUUUCAGCGUAGCCGGUAUGCGUCUGAAACCGAGCGUUCUCUAUCUUAGUUAAAAAUUGUAGCAUCAGUAGCGGUACGGGAUAGAGACAUAGACACAGACAUAUAUUCAAAAAGCGACAAAAAAUCCUGUUAAACCUGAAUGCUAAAUCUAAACACAGAGUGACAAGCUUAGUGUUUUAUUUGCUCGAGGUGUCCCUGUGCCCACGUCAGCAUGGCCGAAGCUCACCAGGCCGUGGCCUUUCAGUUUACUGUCUCUCCUGAUGGAAUCGACUUGCAGCUGAGCCAUGAAGCUCUACGCCAGGUCUACCUGUCAGGCCUCCACUCGUGGAAGAAGAAGUUCAUCCGUUUCAAGAAUGGCAUUAUGACUGGUGUAUACCCAGGCAGUGCCCCUGGGUUGAUGCUGGUGCUUGCAGGGUACAUGGGAAGGGCAAAAUAUACUCAAGUGGAUCCCUCCUUAGGUCUCUUCCUUAAAAUUGGCAAAUAUCUCCCAGUAAGUAAAUACAUGUCCCUGGAAAACCAGAGAAGAGUUGGGGGCAUUUUGGUGGGCACAGGGCUCUGGGUGGUCAUCAUAUUUACCAUGAGAAGCGUACUGAAGUGCCUGCUCUCCUGGCAUGGCUGGAUGGGUGAACGUCAUGGCUCUUUAACCUGGAAAUCACGCAUCUGGGUGGUACUCGUGAAGAUUUUUUCUGGGAUGCAAACACCAAAUCUGUAUAGCUUCCAGACAUCGCUGCCUAAUCUACCCUUGCCUUCUGUGAAAGACACAAUGAAACGAUAUCUGGAGUCUGUGCGCCCUCUCCUGGACGAUGAGGAGUACAAAAAGAUGGAGGAACUUGCUUCAGACUUUCAGAAGACCCUGGCUCCCAAACUGCAAUGGUACUUGAAGCUGAAGUCACUGUGGGCCACUAAUUAUGUCAGUGAUUGGUGGGAGGAGUACAUCUAUCUUAGAAGCCGUAACCCGAUUAUGGUCAAUAGCAACUAUUAUGCAAUGGACUUCCUCUAUGUUCUCCCCACAUGUCAUCAGGCAGCAAGGGCUGGUAACACCAUCCAUGCCAUCAUGCUCUAUCGGAGGAAGCUGGACCGGGCUCAGAUUAAACCGCUCUUUGCUCUAGCAAACAGGGUACCAUUCUGUUCGGCCCAGUGGGAGCGGUUGUACAAUACCAGCCGUAUCCCAGGCCAGGAGAGGGACACCAUCCAGCAUGUGUCAGACAGCAGGCAUAUUGUGGUAUACCACAAAGGGCGCUAUUUUAAGGUGAGCAUGUUUUACGAUGGACGCCUGCUCCUGCCACGAGAGAUAGAACAGCAGAUUGAGAGGAUCCUCGCUGACACUUCAGAGCCCCAGCCUGGAGAGGAGAAACUGGCUGCACUAACUGCAGGAAACAGGGUGCCUUGGGCAUGCGCCCGUGAUGCCUACCUUAGACAAGGGAAGAACAGGCAAAGUCUUAAUGCUGUGGAGAAGGCAGCAUUCUUUGUCACACUGGACGACACUGAGCAGCGUCACGAUCCAGACAACCCAGCUGAAUCACUGCACAGCUUUGGUAAAUCCCUGCUGCAUGGCAAGUGCUAUGACAGGUGGUUUGAUAAGUCUUUCAACCUAAUCAUCUACAAGAAUGGAACAAUUGGUCUGAAUGCAGAGCACAGCUGGGCUGAUGCUCCAAUCAUAGGCCACCUCUGGGAGCAUGUGCUGUCGACUGAUGCUAUCAAGCUGGGUUACACAGAUGGUGGCCACUGUAAAGGACAGCCUCACCGCAACCUCCCUGGACCUCAAAGGCUACAGUGGAACAUCCCUCCUGAGUGCCAAACCAUGAUUGCCAACUCCCUGUCCGUGGCUCAGGCUUUGGCUGAUGAUGUGGACAUGGUCAUUAUCCCUUUCCAAGAGUUUGGUAAAGGGCUGAUCAAGAAGUGCAAGACCAGCCCAGAUGCCUUCAUCCAGAUUGCCUUGCAGCUUGCCCACUUCAGGGACAAAGGGAAGUUCUGCUUGACCUACGAGGCAUCCAUGACCCGUCUUUUCAGAGAGGGACGGACCGAGACGGUGCGAUCGUGCACCAAUGAGACCUGUGCCUUCGUCAAGGCCAUGGUCAACAAUGAGACGAGAGAGAAGAAACUGAGUCUGCUGAAGCAGGCAGCAGAGAAGCACCAACAGAUGUACCGACUGGCUAUGACCGGUAAAGGCAUCGACCGCCAUCUUUUCUGCCUCUAUGUAAUCUCGCAGUAUUUGCAGCAGGACUCUCCCUUCCUCAAAAAGGUGCUGUCUGAGCCGUGGCGGUUGUCUACCAGUCAGACGCCACUGCAGCAACCGGAGCUCUUUGAUCUGCUGAACCAUCCUGAGUAUGUUUCCAGCGGUGGUGGUUUUGGCCCAGUGGAUGAUGACGGUUAUGGAGUAGCUUAUAUUAUUGUGGGAGAGAACCUCAUUAACUUUCAUAUCUCCUGCAAGUGUUCCAGCCCAGAAACGGACGCUCAACGCUUUGGCAGCAACAUCAAACGGGCGAUGCUUGACAUGCUGGAAUUGUUCCAGCUGGAACCAAGGGCGCUGAAGUGACAAGGCCAUGCUGUCACUUACCUAAUUAAUUAUGUGUUCUUCCUGUAUUACUAUUUGAAUGGGUUUGACAUGUGAUUUGGACUUCUAAGUGGAGGGAUUUAAAAUUCUUGAUUGAUGUGAAUAUGAUGUGUGCUUUAAAAAGAGAAUAAGUUGACUGAGUGAAUGAAUGUGUGUUGGUUCAAUAGCAUUAAGAUUUGGCUGUGGCAUAAUAAGCAUCAUAACUGAACAUCUGAAGUCAGACAAGUAUAAGGGCCAAGCAGUAGCCACUUUAAAUAAAACAGAUUAAUUGAAGUAUUAAGAGUCAUUUAGGAAGGCAGUGAUCUCAUGCUUAACACUCACAUUCAGCUUUGAAAGAUCCUGAGCUCUUAAACCACACCGUCUAACAGUCUGCUGACAUUUCAGCUUACAUUUCAGUGGACAAAAUAACUGCCUAAGCAUAGGUCAGUGAGGAAGCAGUUCUUUUUACCUUGGCUAACCCCUCAAUGUGGUUAAUGGCGUCAUUGUGGUAAAGCCUACUCAAAGUGAUUUCAGUGGAAUUGGGCCUCGUUGGCUCUCCAGCUAACAGUUUUCCUGCACACAUCUUACAUUACCAAGUCAUGCCGAAGUAUGUAUUACUGUAAUAUAUUACGUAUUAUACAAUUAUAUGAGCAUUACAUAUUUGGACAAAAUUAAUUGGAGUGAAAGAGGUUUGAAUGCAUUUUUGGUUUAUUGUUUACAGUUUCAUAACCAGCCUCAAAAUGAAGGGGUCAUAGAACAUAAUGUUAAUGUGCAUUUAUUUUUUAUUAUAUUACAAUUAAUUGUUCAUCUUUUUGUUUUGUUAAAAUAAUGUACAUUUAUUAUUUUACAAGUAGUACAGUCUUUUUUUGAUUUGUUAAAAUAAUUUUAGCGUUCGAAAAGAUCUAAGUCAGUAAUUUAUUUUUUUUUUCUUUGUUUGUUUUUUUUUUAUUUAAUGUAUGAAUUUAAGUCAUAAACUCAGAAUGACCAUAAUGCUAAUCUACUAAAUCAAAUAAAAAAUGAAUGUUCCUUAUUAUUAAAAAAAGCAAAGUAAAAUGUUUUUUUUUUUUUUUUGGCAUUGACAGGGAUGUCAAUAAAAAGAAGACAAGUCAUAAAUUCAAAUGGUUAAAUGGUUUUGUUAAAUGGAAAUUGAACUUUUGUGUAUAUAUGGAUGCAAAUUCUCAUGAUCAAAUACCAUCAAAGACUCAUGGCAAGUCUUGCUUUGCCAUGUCAAUAUUGAACAAUAUUGAAUAAAUCAGUAUUCAAAUAA